AUGUUGACAGAACACCAUUUGCGCGAGCCUGCGACAUUAAUCCUGGUCAAUCCUAGGAUCUUCCAUGGUCCGAAAGUCAGAGAGACCCGCGCGUGCAGCAUGCGCAAGUUUCGAAUAGCCGAGUGCUCACUCAAGAGCCUGGUUCAAGAGAAACAUGAGGGCCGAGUACAGUACUGCAUAUUGGUUAUCGUGACUAUACUAUUGGGAAGUCGCGAAUCUAGGUCCGCGGCGACGGGGAACGGAGAACGGAUGAAUUCGAACCGACUACGCUACACAAAAUAG